CCAGCCCAGCCUGCUUUGUCCUUCUCCUCUCACCGCACAGUACACCUCCCGCCGCCGUUCCCCCUGAAGGAGGUGGAGGUCCCCAUCGUGGAAAACAGCCGUUGUGAUGCGGAAUACCACACAGGCCUGUACACGGGGGACAACAUCCGGAUUGUCAAGGACAACGUGAUCUGUGCCGGGAACGAGCAGAGUGACGCCUGUCAGGGCGACUCUGGAGGGCCCCUGGUCUGCAAGGUCAACGACACCUGGAUGCAGGCGGGUGUGGUCAGCUGGGGUGACGGCUGUGCCCAGCCCCACAGGCCCGGCAUCUACACCCGCGUCACCUACUACCUGGACUGGAUCCACCAGCACGUCCCCAAGGAGCCCUGAGCCUGUCCCUCGGGCUGCCACCCAGCGCCCUCCUGACCCUGACCAUUGCUUCCUGCCCAGGUGUCUGCCCUCUCCACCCCAGGGAGUGGGUGGUGGGCACUGCCCCUCAUUAAAGUGUGUGAAGAGCA